CUUAGUUUGGUUCCAUUUUUCCGAAGGUUUGUCGACAACUUGCUUGUUGACCUAAUGGUAGAAACAGGUUACGAUUCGUCAUUGAUGUCCUUACUUUUCGUUCUUGCGAUCCUCAUAUUCGCAUGUUUAGGAUGGUGUUUCCUGUCGUCAUGCAUGGGAACACCCCUGCUUCGUUCCUUAUCUGACCUAUGGAACCUCAUGGUUAUAUCUGGCUUAGUAACUGAUACUGCCAGCUCGAGAAGACGGAGAGCACUUGGGGAGGAUAAUUUAUGGGAGAUGACGGAUUACAGAAGAGGACCGUAAAAACACCCUCACAGAUUUACAGUUGCACUGCUGCGGCAUGGAAAAUACUAUGGUCUUGGACUUGGAGGUGUCUUGGACCAGAUCAUUUACUAUUUUAACCCAUUUGCACCUCAUGAUCAUGCGUCAUGACCGUGACGUGGACACGCACUUGGGCUGUGUUGCAGACCUAUUCACAAUCAUAAUGCAAGUGUCGUCAGCUCUGGGCAGGCACAAAAUUCCCCGCGAAAGAACCGUGUCUGAGACAUGUUAUGCCUCACCUGUGCUCACGAUUCGGGUUCGAGCCUGUGGUUUGGUCUGGAAUUAUUGCACAAACGUCGUCGUCGACAGGUUUCACCAUCUCUGUCAGCCACCGUUCUGCAAAGGUAUAAAGACCCAUCCAUGCCUCUGCAAUCCUUACCCACAUCUUUCCCUGCUUUCUGUCUUAUCAGACCACUCUAGCGCUCCAUUUAACGACCUUUACGAACCUUUCUUUCUAAAUAUCCUCAUAAUGCGCUUCCUUUCCCUCUAUAUCGUCUUUAUCUCGUUCUCACUUGCUCUCUUGCUUUCCGGGGGUGUCCAAGGCAUACCAGUCAGUGUCUCCAAUCCCAAUGCACCACCACGUCAUACGGAGGUGCAUAGGCGCGACGCCGCGGGCUCCCUUAUCUCUGUUGUGGUUGGCAUCAUAUCGUCCAUUCUUGGCUCACUUAAUCUUCCAGUGGAAGCAGUGCAACCAGUACAGGACGCAAUUGGCCAUGUACAGAAUCUGACCGCUAGUCUGCCCCCCCUGCCAGCCUUACCAAUUUCAGCUUUGCCAAUUCCACGGAACGCAGUAGAAGCGGUCGGCGUCGGCAGUUCUUACUCUUCCUCGUCGACUGUUCAGGCAAACUCGACUGCCUCCCCUUCUCAGGCGUCAAACGCCGUCGCCUCUGCGUUGGGUGCUCAUCAGCAGGCUGGUGUGCACACAGGUCGUGGACGCCACAUUCACCAUCGUGAUACAACCUCAGCAUCUGCACCAUUGUCUUCAGGCUCGGCGCAUGCCUCAUUGACCAGCGCUUCUGGUUCAGUGCGUGUCCCCCUAGCUAGCGCCUCGGGCAAGCCUGCUCUUGCUGUGGUUCCUGCUCUCCCAGUAUCACUACCCAUCCCAAACCCUUCUCUCCCGGUACCGGUGCCUGUCUCGCUUCCUUCUCUCCCAGUAUCGGUGCCUGUCCCGAUUCCUUCUCUCCCAGUCUCGCCACCUAUCUCCGUCCCGAUUGCCGCCGCAUCCCCCAUGCCCCCCAAGACCUCUGGUACAACCAAAGGCAAGAGGACUCACCACAGGUAAUAGCCUUCCAUAAUUGCAUAGCUGGCCUCCGCUGUAGGGACUUCAUCGUGUUGAGCGAAUUGUGGGUCCGCUCCGUGUUGAAUAGUUUAUCCUCGCGUUGUAGGCCGCUAUGUUAUUUGGUUGAGCCUCAUGCCUAUUAUGUAAUGAUUGGCGCUUUGAAAUUUGAAAUUCAU